AAAUAGGUUGACUUCUCAGUGUCACAAUCACUCCUCUUCUUUGCUUCAAGUUCACACUUUCCUUCACCAAAUCGCUUCCCGAUUUCUCAACUCCACUUUUCUUCAAUCCAAAGAUCCAAGGAUUCACCUCAAAGAAGUCCGUUGAUGAAGAAUCGAAGGACAACCCACUUCACAGUAACUGCAGACUUAUAUUUUAUUCGUAUGGGAGAUCAAAAGGAGGUAUUUGUUGUGGUGUAGAAAAUUAAUAUUUGGUUAGCGGGAUUCUUUCAGAUUAGAAGUUGUAAAGGAGUGCUUUGAGGGGUAUCGUAAUUUUAGCGUAAAGAUGAAGUGUUUUGGAGUUGAUGGUUGGAUUUUAACAGGGUUGCUAGUUUUGUUGUGCUUUGGUUUUGGAAAAGCAUACCUUGUUGAUGGAGAGUUUGGUGGUAGGAGCAGGAGUGGAAAUUCAAUGACUUACAGAUAUGAUAGGAUGGAUGAGGUGAAGAAAGAAUGCUCCUUGGUUUUAUCUUCUGCUUCUAAUUUAAGACCUGCUGAUGAUAUAGUUUUUAGUUUAAGAGAAGAGCUCUCCUUUUUGAAUGGAGAUUGGUGGCAGGAGUCAAAUGGUGCUCCCAUUAUGCCCUUUGAUGAUAGAGAUCUUGCAAUAAAUGGCUCACUGAGUCAUGGAUCUCCCUCGAAGUUGGUUUCUUUUUGGGUUACUGAUGUUAAUAAAGUUCAUCGAUCUAAGAAAUGGAUUGGUGUCAGCGGUGCAUUGCUAAUGGGGAUAACAUCGGAUGGAUUAUUUAUGGAACCGCCCUAUGAGGGAAGUCCUCAUUUUGAUAUGUGGCCUGGUCAUUCUCAGCUUUCUAUUUCAUUCCAAGGAGUUUAUACUGAAUCAGAGAAGAAUGGGGCCGAAAGAGUUAUGUGUUUGUUGGGGCAUACAGUGUUACCAUCUCGUCAGCCUGAAUCUGCUGAGCCAUGGCCAUGGGUUGAGGAAUCUGGUUAUGCUAAUCAGCCCCCACUCGUGCAAGAUGAUCAAAUUCUGCUUGUGCUUCGUUAUCCGAGGACAUUCACUUUGGUAAACAGAAGAAUACGGGGAAGCAUGAAGAGCUUAAAUUUGAAAUCAAAUCCAAAAUUUUUUAAUGAAAUUAGCAUGUCUUCUUGGUUGGCUGCUUCUGCAAACUACGAGUUUGGUUCUGAAAAGAUCGUGUCAAGGGCAUGUGAUCCAUACCCAUAUAAAGAUACUCUGGUGAAUGGUGAUUUUGAUGUGUAUAGAGGGCUUGAUUUUUGUAACAUUCUUGAGAAGUAUACCAAACAAGAAGCUUUAACUAUUGUGCCGAACUGGAGAUGCAAUGGAACGGAUGAGUUUUGCAGCAAGUUGGGACCCUUCAAAGCAGAUAAGCAGAUAAAGGAGACAGAUGGGAGCUUCAAAGACGUUAAGCUUGUCAUUCAGGAUUUCCGAUGUCAGGAAGUGGCUGACAAUCCUGACUUCAGAAGGAUAUCUUCAGUGUUCAGAGCAGUUCCUCCAUUUGAUAAGAAGUUCAUUGCAGCAGAAAGAACUGGUCUUAAUAAUAUGACACUAUCUGCUGAGGGAAUUUGGAAAUCUUCCAGCGGACAACUUUGCAUGGUUGGCUGCCUUGGAUUGCUUGAUAGUGAACGCACUGCCUGUCGUUCUCGAGUAUGCUUAUAUAUUCCUAUCUCAUUUUCCAUAAAACAAAGGAGCAUCAUAGCGGGCACUUUCUCUAGUGUUGAUGGAGGAGCUGGAUCUUACUUUCCUCUAUCAUUUGAGAAGCUGGUGCGCCCUGCAGAGUUGUGGGAUCAGUUCACAGCUGCUCGUCCAUACUAUAAAUACACAAAAAUUAAUGCAGCUGGUGCGGUCUUAGAGAAAAGUGAACCCUUCAACUUUGGUAAUAUGGUUAAGAAAUCUUUACUGGAGUAUCCCAAGUUAGAAGCCACAGAAUCAUUCCUUGUCAGUCUCUCUCUUCUUUCUGAAGACCUCACUCUUCAUAUACCUGCAGUUCCAGAUUCAUAUUCCAGCUCCUUUCUCACAAGAACAGAUUUCCAAAUGGAAAUUGUUUCUCUUGGUCCUUUGUUGGGGCGUUACUGGUCACCAAAUGUUUCAAACACUGAACAGGAGAACCCCUAUCAGGAUAAAGCUGAAUACACAGAGAAGCAGCUCCUCCUAAAUGUUUCUGCUCAAAUUGCUCUAAGUGGAAAAUCUUUUGACAAUUUCUCAGUACUUUUUGUGGAGGGGCUAUACAAUCAACAUGCUGGAAAGAUGUAUUUAAUUGGAUGCAGAGAUGUUCGAGCUUCAUGGAACAUUCUGUAUCAAAGCAUGGAUCUUGAAGCUGGAUUGGAUUGUCUAAUUGAAGUUAUGGUAUCAUAUCCACCAACUACCGCCCGUUGGUUAGUUAGUCCAACUGCUAGGAUUUCCAUAUCCAGCAAAAGGAAUGAUGAUGAUCCUCUCUAUUUUAGACCAAUCAAGCUCCAAACUUUUCCUAUUGUGUAUCGGGGGCAAAGGGAAGACAUCCUUUCUCGUAGAGGUGUUGAAGGGAGCCUUCGCAUCCUAACACUUUCCUUUGCAAUCGCUUGCAUAGUAAGCCAGAUAUUUUACAUCAGGGACAAUGUGGAUUCUGUUCCUUACAUGUCUCUUGUCAUGCUAGGCAUCCAAGCUGUUGGUUACAGCCUUCCACUAAUUACGGGUGCAGAGGCCAUAUUUGAAAAGAUGGCUUCAGAAUCUUAUGAGAACCCAGCUUAUGACCUUGAGAAGAGCCAGGCAAUACGCGUAAUUGAUUACACGGUGAAGCUUCUUGUGCUUGUAGCCUUUUCAUUUAUUCUGAGGCUCUGUCAAAAAGUGUGGAGAUCGAGAAUCAGAUUGUUGACAAGGGCUCCUCUUGAACCACAUCGUGUACCAAAUGACAGGAGGGUCUUGCUAACCACCUUGACCAUACAUGUCAUCGGUUAUGCCCUUGUUCUGUUUGUCCAUUCUCUCACUACAAGCCACAGACCUCUUCAGACUGAGAAGUUUAUAGAUUCAUCUGGCAAAUCCCAAACACUACGUGAAUGGGAAACUGAACUGCAGGAGUAUAUGGGUCUUAUUCAAGACUUUUUCCUCCUCCCCCAAGUAAUUGGCAACUAUAUUUGGCAGUUACGUUGUAAACCACUGAGAAAGUUUUACUACAUUGGGAUAACAGCAGUAAGACUUCUUCCCCAUGCAUACGAUUUUGUGAGGUCUCCCAUUCCAAACCCCUAUUUCUCCGAGGAAUACGAGUUUGUCAACCCCCGAUUUGAUUUCUUCUCCAAGUUCGGGGACAUUGCAAUACCAGUCACGGCCGCUGUUCUAGCAGUUAUAGUCUACGUUCAGCAAAGGUGGAACUAUGAGAAGAUAAGUGAAACUCUUACAAGGCAGUCUAAGCUUCUUCCAUUUGGUUCUAAAGUAUAUGAGAGGUUGGGUUCCAUGUCAGUUGAAGCCGAGCUAACUUCUGGUGUCAAUGCAACUGCUGGAAAUGAGAAAGAUGAUGAUGAUGCAAAUUGACUGGGAUUGGUUUCAUAUAUUUCCAAACAGAGCUAAGUUACCAGAAUGGUGCUAAUGGGACUUGAGGUGUUGUGUUUGUCAGUCUUCUUGUAAACUCAGUUUUCAAUCUAAUGAAAAUGCAUUAGGGAGACCAUUAGCUCAUUCUUGAGAUGUACAACACUUUCAUCUUUUGACCUUGUCUUGCUUCCAAGGAUUGCUCGCUAAUGAUCUCAAUUGCAUGGUUUUC